UUUUAUUUAUAUGUGAAUCCUCAAGAAGAUAAACCAUUGACACACCGUUCCAGAGUAUCCAUCACAGAAGGAAAGCUGCAUAGCCAAGUUCAACAGGUACGCACUACGUAGAGUUAUGGCAGCGAACCGCAAUUUCAACGACAUAGUUGCAGAACCACUUACAGAGUCGUCGCAGAAAGAUUGGUUUAAAUGGGUAGAGAACUAUCUAAUAUCUCUUGAUCUUUGGGGAGUGACGAGUGGUGAUGAAAAACCAACCGGAAAUCGGGGGGAAGAUUUUGCUAGAUGGCAGAGAAAGAAUGCUGCAGCAUUGCACGUCAUUCAAAUCUCUUGUGGGACUAACAAUCACUCUCUUAUACGACGUAUCAAAAAAGCCAAUACUGCAUGGAAUACUCUCCGUCGUGCCUACAAUCCACAGGAUCCUCCUCCCAAAGGGAAAGGUCGUAAUAAGCUAGUUAACAGCAAAGGUCCUUCAAAGGGAAAACAACCGAGUUCACAGGACGAAACACAAGAAGAAGCACAAAGUGAUGCUGAAGAGACAGAGCAAGAAGAUGGUGAAGUGGAUGAUUGUUAUAAGGCUAUAUCUGAGGACAACUGGCCUGCUGUAAAAGCAUUCACUGAUCGCCAUCGCAGAGAUUGGAAGGUAAAAUUUGCUCCGAGAGGCGAAACACCUCUUCACGUGGCUGCAAAGUUUGGUCAUUUGGACAUAGUAAAGGAGUUGGUGGAAUUAGCUGAACCAGAUGAUCUUGUAAUACACGAUGCUUCUGGAUAUACUCCACUUGCAAUUGCUGCAUCACAUUGUGGACUCCUUUCAAUUGCAAAAUGCUUGGUCAGUAAAAAUGAAAAAGUACUUGAAACUUCAAAUAAAUACCAUAAAUGGAUAUUUCCUGUUACAUUGGCUUUUCGUUGUGGCUUCAAUAAAAUGGGACGCUAUCUCUAUUGCAAGACUCCUUUGGAAGUCUUCAAAGGAGAAAAAGGCAUCAUGGGUGCUUCGUUUCUCAGACUCUGUUUCAUCACUGGAAAUCUUGAUAUUGCCUUGCAUUUGCUUCAACGAAGCCCAGAACUACUUUUUGCCGCUGACAUAAAGAAGCGCUCAACAAUUCAGCAGAUUGCAUGCUACCUUUCUCAUUCUCCCAACAAAAGUCAAAUUUGGUUCUGGAAGCGAUGUGUUUAUCACUGUAUCAAAAUACCACCAACCACAGCCACUGAGCAUGUCAGUGUAGAUAUUGAACAAGAAAGCGAGAUGAGUAACGAAGUUGAAGGGCUACAUCUACUAUUACACUUGCUCGUCUCGUACACCAAUAAGCUGUCAGGAAUGGAGGGAAUACGUAACAUGAAGCUUCAACAUACACUGACAGAUGAAAUUCUAAAGCUAGUUUGUGGGAAUCUAAAAUCCCUGAACAAAGAUAAAAAGGGUAUGAUUGCAGAAGCACUGUUGACAGCGGGUGAAGUGGGGAAUGUUGGGUUCUUGCACGAAGUAUUAAAAGCCAAACCAGAAUUAAUCUCGAAGGUCGUUUUUCAUCAAAAAAAUGGGCAAGUUUUCUUCAAUGCAGUGAAAUAUCGUCAAGCUGAGGUUUUCAACCUCCUCUGUGGGUUUCGGUUUAGGGAUGUGGUAGCAACGAUGCCAAGUGGCCCCAUGAACAACAACUUGCUUCAUAUGGCAGCCAUAUUGGCUCCUUCUUCCCAACUUAACCGCAUUUCCGGUGCUGCUCUGCAAAUGCAAUGGGAAUUGCAGUGGUUCAAGGCGGUAGAGAAAGUGGUGGAACCUAGACUUUGGCUUCAUCCAAACAAAGAAGGGUUGAAUCCUCUGGACUAUUUUAAAGAAAACCACAAAGAACUAAGGAAGGAAGGAGAGGAAUGGAUGAAAGAAACAGCAACUUCUUGCUCUGUUGUUGGUGCUCUAAUCAUCACCAUGAUGUUUGCUACAGCUUUCACUGUUCCAGGAGGAAAUGAUGGAACUUCAGGGUACCCAAUAUUUUUGAACAAAAAUUUAUUUAGAGUUUUCUUAAUCUCUGAUGCAGUGUCCUUGUUUGCUUCUACUACUUCUGUGCUGACAUUUUUAGGAGUCCUUACAUCACGCUAUGCAGAAGAAGACUUCCUCUACUCCUUGCCUACCAAAUUGGUCAUAGGCCUUUCUUCACUUUUUCUCUCCAUCGUAACUAUGCUAGUCGCCUUUUCUGCAACAAUAAUCAUGAUGUUGCAGCAUGCCUCAUCACAUUCAUGGGCUUAUCUUCUUGUCAUUAUGUUCGCUAGUGUUCCAGUAAUCCUCUUUGUAUUUUUACAGUUCCCUCUUCUGAUUGAAAUAAUUUCUUCUACUUAUGGUCCUGGCAUCUUCAAGAGGAAGGGCAAGAAGUGGCCUUGAAUUGUGUGUGUAAUAUAAUUGAUGCAUCUCAUUACUGUAUGUUUUUUAUAUUGAAUAAGAAGUUCCCUCUUGAAUCUUGAUAAUGUAAUAAGCCAAUGGCUUUCAUUUUCAGCCUAAAAGGGCAUCAGUUUGAGAUGUGUGUCUCGACGUGAUCGUGCAGAUCUUGGGCUCACACAAUUUUUGUUUACUCUUGAUCGGCCACGUGCGAUGCAUGCUGACCCAAACUUCAAUGUUUUUGAUUU